AUGGCCGCGGCGGCCGGGAAGCGUGCGUUUGCUGGAGGCGGUCCCAGGAUUGGCGAGACGGGGAAGUUCGAGGGCGAGUUCAAAGUCCAAAAGGCCGCGCCCUACAUCAAACAUCGCCUGGAGGUCUGGGACAAGCUCUAUGCAAAGUACACGUCAGGUCUCUCCGGAAAGCCCCGAAAAGACAUCAAGAUCGAGCUCCCAGAUGGCACGGUGAAAGAUGGCAAGGCCUUCGAGACAAGCCCCAUGGAUAUCGCGAUGUCGAUUUCCAAAGGCUUGGCCGAGUCCGCCAUCGUGGCCAAGGUGAUCUACAAAGAGACGGUGGAAUCGCUGAAACAAUGUGUGGUCGCAGACAUUGAGGAGGAUGAGCUGGAGGUGGAUGAGACGAGUGUGCUUUGGGACCUCACGAGGCCUUUGGAAGGCAGUUGCCGCAUGGAACUUCUGAAGUUCGAUCAUCCCCAGGGCCAGGAUGUCUUUUGGCACUCCAGCGCCCACAUCCUUGGUCAGGCUUUGGAACGCGAGUUCGGUUGCCACCUGACGAUCGGUCCGGCCUUGGAGUCAGGCUUUUACUACGAUGGCUACUUCGGAGAUAGGAAGCUGAACGAGAAUGACUUCAAUGCCAUCAACAAUCAUGCCACGCAGAUUUGCAAGGAGUCGCAGCUUUUUCAGCGAUGUGUCCUCUCGAAGGAGGAGGCGCUUGAGCUCUUCAAAGAGAACCCCUUCAAGGUGCAGUUGAUCACCAACAAGGUGCCAGAUGGAGCAAUGACGAGUUGCUACCGCUGUGGCGACCUGGUGGAUCUCUGCCGCGGGCCCCAUUUGCCAAACACGAACCGCGCCAAGGCCUUCAUGGUGACGAAGAACUCGGCAGCUUACUGGCUGGGCGAUCAAAACCUCGAUUCCCUGCAACGGCUUUAUGGCAUUGCUUUCCCCAAUGACAAGCUGCUGAAGGAAUACAAGAAGUUCCAGGAGGAAGCAGCCAAGCGCGAUCACAGGAACAUCGGAAAGCAGCAAGAGCUGAUGAUGUUUCAUCCUGUGAUGUCUCCUGGCUGCUGCUUUUGGUUUCCACUUGGCACGAGGGUCUACAACAAGCUGAUGGAUUUCAUGCGAAGUGAGUACCGCCUUCGAGGAUUUCAGGAAGUGGUGACGCCCAAUAUGUACGACGCGCGGCUUUUCUUGGCUUCUGGCCACUACCAGAACUACAAGGACGACAUGUACAGCUUGGAUGUGGAGAAGCAAGAGUGGAUGCUGAAGCCCAUGAAUUGCCCUGGGCAUUUUGUGAUGUUCGAUGCGCGGGUAAGGAGUUAUAAGGAACUUCCUUUGCGCUACGCGGAUUUUGGAGUCCUCCACCGAAACGAGGCCUCCGGUGCCUUGACGGGCUUGACGCGGGUGCGGCGCUUCCAACAAGAUGAUGCGCAUAUCUUCUGCCGCCCAGACCAGAUCAAGUCGGAAGUGGCCAGUGUGGACACCUAG